GCGCGCGUUCUUUGUGGAGCCGGCCGGAGCUGGGCGUCCCCCUCCGCCUCCGGGCCCGGGCACCCCCCUGAGCCCCCGGGCCUCCCUGCGCCCUCCCCAGGGCCCCCCCUCCGGAGCGGCGGCUGCUGUCUCAUCGCCCGCCCGCGGGCAGGUGCUCACGGGCCCGGUUUGUCCUUGUCCCCGCAGAGAUGGACGGCGAUGGCGGCCGCCGGGACGCCCCCGGGGCGCUGACGGAGGCCGGGCCAGCCGCGGGCAUGACGGAGCCGGCGGUGGCGCCGCGGGCGCGGGAGGCCCGGCCGGUGCACCAGCGCUUCCUGCGGCGCAGCGUGGUGGAGUCGGACCAGGAGGAGCCGCCGGGGCUGGAGGCGGCCGAGGCGCCGGGCGCGCAGACCCCGCAGCCGCUGCAGCGCCGGGUGCUGCUGCUGUGCAAGACGCGCCGCCUCAUCGCCGAGCGCGCCCGGGGCGCAGGCCGCCCCGCGCCCCCUGGGCCGCCCUGCGCCCCCGGCGGACCCGCACCCCCCGCGCCCGAGGCCGCGGACGCUCGGGACCCGGCCCCAGCCCCAGUCCCGGCUGCCGAGCCGGCCCCCGACGGCGGCUCCCGGGAGGAGGAGGCGGCGGCCGAGAGGAAGGAGGAGGCAGGCGCGGCCGAGGCGAAGCCGGAGCCCGGGCGCGCCCGGCGGGAGGAGCCGGAGGAGGAGGAGGACGACGAGGACGACCUCAAGGCGGUGGCUACCUCGCUGGACGGCCGCUUCCUCAAGUUCGACAUCGAGCUGGGCCGCGGCUCGUUCAAGACGGUCUACAAGGGGCUGGACACGGAGACCUGGGUGGAGGUCGCCUGGUGCGAGCUGCAGGACCGAAAGCUCACCAAGCUGGAGAGGCAGCGGUUCAAGGAGGAGGCCGAGAUGCUGAAGGGCCUGCAGCACCCCAACAUCGUGCGGUUUUACGACUUCUGGGAGUCGAGUGCUAAAGGAAAGCGCUGCAUUGUGCUGGUGACUGAGCUGAUGACGUCAGGCACGCUGAAGACAUACCUGAAACGAUUCAAGGUGAUGAAGCCCAAAGUGCUCCGCAGCUGGUGCCGGCAGAUCCUGAAGGGUCUGCUGUUCCUGCACACGCGGACGCCACCCAUCAUCCACCGGGACCUCAAGUGCGACAACAUCUUCAUCACCGGGCCCACUGGCUCCGUGAAGAUCGGCGAUCUGGGCCUGGCUACCCUCAAGAGAGCGUCGUUUGCCAAGAGUGUCAUCGGUACCCCUGAGUUCAUGGCGCCCGAGAUGUACGAAGAACAUUAUGAUGAGUCGGUGGAUGUCUACGCCUUCGGGAUGUGCAUGCUGGAGAUGGCUACCUCGGAGUACCCCUACUCGGAGUGCCAGAAUGCCGCCCAGAUCUACCGCAAGGUCACCUGUGGCAUCAAGCCAGCCAGCUUUGAGAAAGUGCACGACCCCGAAAUCAAGGAGAUUAUUGGGGAGUGUAUCUGCAAGAACAAAGAGGAAAGGUACGAAAUCAAGGACCUCCUGAGCCACGCCUUCUUCGCGGAGGACACGGGGGUGCGGGUGGAGCUGGCCGAGGAGGACCAUGGCCGCAAGUCCACCAUUGCCCUCCGGCUCUGGGUUGAGGACCCCAAGAAGCUGAAGGGGAAGCCCAAGGACAAUGGCGCCAUUGAGUUCACCUUUGACCUGGAGAAGGAGACGCCCGAUGACGUUGCGCAGGAGAUGAUUGAGUCCGGAUUCUUUCACGAGAGCGACGUCAAGAUUGUGGCCAAGUCGAUCCGCGACCGGGUGGCCCUGAUCCAGUGGCGGCGGGAGAGGAUCUGGCCAGCCCUGCAGUCCCAGGAGCAGCGGGACACGGGGAGCCCCGACAGGGUCCGGGGCCCCCAGGCGCCCCUGCAGGUGCAAGUGACGUACCACACGCCGGGUGGGCAGCCGGGGCCGCCAGAGCCCGAGGAGCCCGAGGUCGAUCAGCACCUGUUCCCAGCCAAGCUGCCAGCAAGUGCCACGUCUCUCGCAUCGGACAGCACUUUUGAUAGCGGCCAGGGCUCUACCGUGUACUCGGACUCACAGAGCAGCCAGCUCGGCACAGCCUACAGCUCGCUCCCCGAGGCCCUGCCCGCCACCGGCCAGGCUGUGUACAGUCCCCCCAUGAGCGAUGGGCCCACCCUGCCGCAGAGCCUGCCUGCACUGGGAGUCUUCCAGCCACCCGCUGCGCCUGGUGUGUCGGUGGGCCCCGCCCCACCCCCUACCCACCCCCCACUGCCCCAGCAGCAUUUCCCGGAGCCAGCGAUGGCCUUUGCCCCGCUGCCGUCCACACCCAGCACCCCUGUGCCAAUGGGCCCGGGCCAGCCGGCACCCCCCAGUCAGCAGGUCCUGGCCCCGCCACCCGGCGGUCCGCUACAGCCCGUGCCACCCGCCCUGCCCGCCUACCUGCCCCCGCCCGGGCAGCUGGUGGCCCCUACCCAGAUGCCACCAGCGCCCCUGCAGCCGCUUGCUCCAGCCGCUCCACCUCAGAUGCCCUCACUUCCCAUCCUUCCUCCCGUGGCAUCCCUGGCUGGAUCGGACGGCCUUCCCACAGCCCUCUCGGACCUGCCGGCUACUGGUGUGCCCCCCGGGCCUCCACCACCGCAGUAUUUCUCUCCGGCCGUGAUCCUGCCGAGCCUGCCCCUGCAGGCCGUCAAGUUGCCCCACGCCUCUGGGGCCCCCCUGGCUGUGCCCCGCCGGACCCUCGUGCCAAAUGUGUCGGCCCCUGUGGCGGCCGCUGGCGCCAUCCCUCUGCUGGCCGUCGCCCCGCAAGGUGUGGCCGCCCUGUCCCUCCACCCGGCCGUGGCCCAGCUGCCUGCCCAGCCGGUGUACUCGGCUGCCUUCCCGCAGAUACUGCCUGGAGACGUCCCCGCGUCACCCCUCCACGCACAGGCCAUGCGGGCUGUCCCCCAGCCCCCCACGCUCCCCCACCAGCCCGGUGUCAUCCACCUCUCUGAGCAGGCGGCUCCAGGCUCCGGAGCGGGGACCCAGAUCCUCCUCGGCCACCCGCCUCCAUAUGUUGUGGACGUCACAACCCAGGUUGCCCCUGGGCCAGUGCCCCCCGUGGCUGUCCUCUCCCCGCCGCUGCCAGAGAUGCUGCCGCCCGUCACCGGCCCCUUGGCGUCCUCCGUGGCGGCUGCCCAGGGCCUGCUUGCCCACACUACCAGCCUCCCGCCUCCUGCUCACCCACCGCUGCCUGGGGGCCCCCUCAUUGCUGCCCCCUGCCCAGCCGUCCAGCUGACGGUGGACCCAGUGCAAGAGGAGCCGGCCCCACCGGACAGGCAGCCCGGGCUCCUGCAGAGCUGUGAGAGCCUUGGAGCUUCCGACAUCCCCUCCGGAAAAGAAAUGAGUGACAGCUGUGAAGCUGCUUUUGGGAGCGGGAAGCUGGAGGGCAAGGCGUCCAAGAAGCAUCACCGGAAGUCAACCCGCACUCGCUCCCGCCAGGAGAAAGCCAUCCGGCCCAAACUCACCAUCCUGAACGUGUGCAACACAGGGGACAAGAUGGUGGAGUGCCAGUUGGAAACCCACAACCACAAGAUGGUGACGUUCAAGUUUGACUUGGAUGGGGACGCGCCCGAAGAGAUAGCCACGUACAUGGUGGAGCACGACUUCAUCCUGCAAACCGAGAAGGAAACGUUCAUCGAGCAGAUGAAGGACGUCAUGGACAAGGCGGAGGACCUACUCAGCGAGGACACAGAUGGGGACCGUGGCUCGGACCCAGGGGCCAGCCCUCCGUACCUUGGAACCUUUGGCCUGGACACGGGUGAGGAAAGCCGGGUGUCCCAAGCCAGUGCCGCCGUGUACCAACAGAACGUCCUCCAUACGGGGAAGAGGUGGUUUAUCAUCUGUCCGGUGGCUGAAAACCCGGCAGCAGAGGCUCCGGAAUCUUCACCCCCACUUCCUCUAAGCUCCCUGCGGCCAGAAGCAAGCCAAGAUCUGGUGUCCUGUAAGGACCAGCAGUCUUUGCAGGAAAAACCCAGCUUCCCAGCCACUCAGCAGCUUCUGAGCCAAGCAGGCGUCAGUGACUCAACCCCUUUGGCGCUAACCUCCCCACCUGUGACUGCUCCACCACAAGACGUGGCUGCAUCAGCCGCCACCACCGUGCCUGAGUCAGCAACUGUGACUGCCAUGCAGGCAGGGGUUCCUGGGGCCCCUCAGGGGCCAGGCAGUGAAUACGAGGCACCUCCACCACACGAGGAGACCCGUGAUGGCCAGUCUGCUGUGUGGCCCCUUGGCGGGGGCCAGGAACCUGCUGUCCCCCCUCUGGAGGCCGCCCGCUGUCCCCCAGGCCUGGGGGAGCCCCCCUUGGCCAUGGGACCCAGUGCCCAGGGUCAGCCUCUGCUGGAUCUUGCCCUGGCAUCAGAGCCCAGCCCCCCCAGUGGGGCCCUGCAGCCCACCUUCGGCCAGCCCGUCCCCUUGUUCCCCACGGCAGCGGUGGAGCCCAUCAGCCUGGCCGCCCCCCAGCUCCCCAGCCCCCCGCUGGGGCCUGCCGCCCCCCAACCAGCCCCUCCAGCCUUGGAGUCUGAUGGGGAGGGGCCGCCCCCCAGGGUGGGCUUCGUAGACAGCACCAUCAAGAGCCUGGAUGAGAAGCUGAGGACCCUGCUCUACCAGGAACACGUCCCCACGUCCUCUGCCUUGGUCGGGACCCCUGGGGAGGUGGGCGACAGGGACUUCGGCCUGGAGCCUCCGGCUGCGGCCUCUGCAAGUGGGGCUGCUGUGGCCCCCCCAGGACACACCUGUGCCUCCAGCCCCAGCAGACCUGCCCCCAGGGCCAGUCCCACUGCCCCAGCACAUGUUGGAGAAGUCAGAGACGACGACAGUGCGAGCCGGCGCUUUGGAGCAGGGACGGCCCUCUCCAGGAACAGAGUCAUCCUUGAGCAGCACACUGGGCCCUGGCGGACGUGACGGCCCCGACUUGGCUGCAGCCCCCCGCCACCUUCAGGAUGCCCCGGCUUCUGGGAGCCCUGCCCUUCCGGAGCCUGAGGAUCGGACCGUCGGAGUCCAGCCCGCACGGGGCCUGGCGGGGAUGGGGACGGGGAUGGUGGAGUGCCCCCCUCAGUCAUGCAUCUCCCUGGACGCG